AGAUUAAGUUACUUAAAUUUAGCAUAGAAUAUAAAUUUUUUGAAAUUGAAUACCCAAAUAUUUUAGGAUAAUUUAUUAUUUAAAAAUUGCAAAUUCAGAUAUGCGUUAAAGAUUAGGAGCCUUACAUGCUGACUCUCUUGAGGAGUAUAUUGAAUUAGCCAAAAUGUCCUGGCAAUAAAAUUUGAUUUUUUAUGGAUCAGAUUAAGAAAUUGCGGGUUAAUAGAGAGGAUUUGAUAAUUCAGAAAAAGAAACAAAUACAACUUCGAUUGACGAGGAAACAGAGGUAAAAGAUCGAAGCAAUGUUAAUGUUUUGGUUAUAGACAAUUUAGAUAAAAUUGACCAAGUGUUUAAAUAUUGUGGAACAAUAAGAAAAUCAAAAAAAAAUUAUUAUCUGGAAUAUUGUUCAAAACAGGAGACAUCUAGUUCUAAGGAAAUCCAUUUUCACUUUUGGGUUAUCAAUUAAACUAGUGUAAAAUAUUAAGAGUUGAUAGAAGUUUAUUAUAGAACUGCAGACUGUUAUGUUUACUUGAAUAAAUAAUCUAAGGAUCACCAAUUUUAAAGAUUUUUUGAAAAAGUUAAACUGCUAAAUAAGCACAAAACUAGAAAGAUAUAUAGAAUUGGAAACUUUAGAAGAGUUAGUAGUUAAUAAAAUCUAUAAAACAUUUAAGAUAAUCAAAUUAUAACACUGAGAAAUUUAAAAGAAGGAUUGAAGAAAAUAAGAGAAUAAUAUUUUUGAUUUUUUUUUUGUAUUAGUUUCUUCAUUCAUAAAUUGGAGGGGGAUUCCUUCCUUUUUUUC